AUGAGAAACCAGUAUAUACAAUAUAUAUUCAAGGUGCAGCCAAGUUACCUGUACCAAGCCGGUCAAGCGGCCAGCGCGGCGUACUUAGGUGGCGGUGGCGUUAUGCCACUUGCCCCAACGCACGCCGCGGCAAUGGCCGCGGCCACGUCGCAGUUCUACGAGUACCAGAACGCCGCCGCGGCAGCAGCAGCCGCAGCGGCCCUGUCGUCCUAUCCGUCGCAGUACGCCGCCGCAGCUGCGGCGGCUGCAUCGUUUGACCCGUACACAUCAGCAGCCGCAGGGGUCGCAAACUACGGCACGCCGUACUCCUACGCUGCACUGCCAAGCAGCACUGCCGGUCUGCCGACGGCGGCAAGCUCGGCCAGCGCUUUCACCGGCCUGUCUCCGUACACCGCAGCCGCAGCCCAACAAGCGGCGUCGCUGCAGGAAGCAAGGUUACAGUAG